AUGAAUGGAACUGAAAAGCAAGCAGAAUUUUUCAUCCCAUCAAUUUCAGAUUUGUUAAAACUAAUUAAAAUCGAUUCAAUAUAUGCAACAUCUAAUUCAGGAAAAAAUAGCCCUAGAAAAGAUAAAUAUCCUCCAUGUCCACCUUCAGUGGACAAAGCUGGAGGUGACGCUCCAGCUCAAAAAUGUCCGUGUAGGGUUCCAGAAGCUACAAAGUCUGCUGGCGAUCGCGGUAUUACGGGUGCCGGUGUAACGGGAUCGCGUACCAGUCGUGUCUGCGAAAAAGAUAAGGAACAUGCCCUUCCUGAAGGAGCUUCCAAUCCUGGUUUGCUUCGUUACAUUCAUAAUGCUUCUCGAUACCGAAUACCGCAAUGCUUCGAAGGUGCAUGCGUGUCGCUCAAGCAAAGCGCUAAGAACAAUUGGGUUGUCGGACAUUCUAUGUCUUUUAGUUCGGUUUCACCAGGAGGAUAUAAAGUAUUACUGUCAUAUGUAGAUAAAGACAAGUCUAUGGGACUGCCCUACUUUGUCAUGGAGGCAGCACCGGGUGGCCAGAUGAGCUGCGAAAUGCGUGUCGGGCCUUCGCAAGGAACUAGAGCCACAGUAGUGGCACAGAUAGCUGAUGCAGAAAUCUAUAGCUUUGAAAGUAUUUUCGAUGCUUACUUUAAAACCUGCACUUGUUCCCUUAUAACAGUAAAUAGAGAAUUUAUUGCCUUACAUUAUUUACAGGCCAUAACAAAAAAAAUAUCUCUUGGCGCGGAAGUGGUAGCUAGAGGUCACACCGCGGAGCUGAGCUCGGCUUCCGGUGCUGGGCGCUGGGUCAACGACGACCACACUGUCAGUGUCACUCUAGGGAACAGAGGGCUAGAUUUGUGCUAUGCCAGGGCUAUCAAACCAUUUCUUACGGUUGCUGCUAUGUUCGAGGUAGGUUUUGCGAUUCGAAGAGCAGUUGCCACAUUGGCUUACGAGUGGCACACUGAUCAGUGGACAGUCCGCGGCUCCGUAGACUCCGACGGCCUGGUUGGCGCGACGCUGCAGAGGGCUCUAGGAGGCAAGAACUCUCAACUCGCUUGUGCCGUAUCAGCUCUUCUCAAUCACCCCAAUGAUAAAUUCCGACUCGGUUUUGGCGUCACCGCUACUAUUAUUUAACGUACUAAACGAUUUUAAGUAUUUGUUUACACAAUGUAAUACACACAACCGGGAUAGUAUUAGUAGCUUGCAGGUUUGUGGUUUUAGCACUAAUUACUUUUAUAAGUAUUUAUAAAAAACUGUACUGUAUGUAGCUUUAUUUAUUACUUUAUUAGAAAAAUUGUU